AUGGAUACAAAUAUCAGUAGUGCAAUGAACGUCACGGAUCCUUUUGAAGACCGACCAUUGUUGGCCGUGAUGGGGAUGUUAGCAUUCUUCAGUGUUCUAGGAACGGCUGGUAAUGCCAUGGUUCUGUAUGUCUAUGUCAGAAAACGUCACAAAUUGGCGGCAACUGUAUUCAUAAUUUCUUUGGCAGCGACAGACUUUAUGACAUGUCUGGUGAUUGUUCCGUACACGAUUGCAGUGGAAUAUUUAGAUUAUUUCAUCACGUAUGACAUAAUUUGUAAAUUAUACAUGUUUUUCAUCACGUCAAAUGUACCAUUCGCUGCAUUUAUCAUGGUUGCAAUCGCUGUAGACAGAUAUCUUUGCAUUUGUCAUCCGUUUUGUCAUUUGAUGAAUGCUCAAAGAGCUAAAAACAUUACACUUAGUCUUGCUGGUGUAGCAUUUUUGCUUGGAAUUGUUACGUCUUUAAAUUAUAGUGUCUAUAUAAUUACUAACAAAUGUCUUUAUUCAAAAGUGGAGUAUUCCGGAAAGUGUCAACCAAGUGAAACGAUAUUUUCUUCAAGUUUUGUAAAUACGUACCAGAAUCUAUAUGCUGCGUUAUUUCUCUUAGCUUUCAUAGCAGUUUUUAUUUUAUACGGACUUGUAUAUAGGUCUGUUUUAAUUCGGCGCGCAAAACGCAGACGACAACGACGCUCAACACAAACAGCAUCAGUUCGAAAAGAAUCAUGGUUUACAGAACAUCAUCGUCCAUCUCUCACAAAUAUUUUUUCAAAAAAGUGUUCAGAUGCACACGAAAGGCAUCCGGAUGUAGAGAUAGCAAGGCAACUAACAAUACGAGAAAAGGGAUUAGUGGCGAACAUAAGGACGGCCGCCAUGUUGUUUGUAGUCACUGCAGUAUUCAUAGUGGCAUUUUUACCUGCGUGGCUCAUGGCACACACGGUUAUACAAUAUCACAUGGUCGUAUUUUACACGUACUUUUCUUACAAUGUUGCUAAUCCAAUUAUUUAUGCUUUUAUGAACAAAGCUUUCAGAAGAGAUUUGAGAGAGGUAUUUGACUGUAAGUCAGUGUUGAGGGAAUUGAACUAA